AUGGAGCCGCCCACGGCACUGCCACCGCACGCGCUCGUUGUCCAGUGCGUGUUCCUGGCGACCGGCGUCCUGUCCACGUGCGUCGCGCAGUUUGUGUUCUAUCAGGGGGCAGGGGACCAGAAGGCCAUGCUCUUGCCGUUGUGUAACUACUUGGGGAUGAUGCUCGUGGGACUGUUGCCGCCUAUAGGGACUGCUACUGCUACUGCUACUGGUACUACUACUACUGCUACUGCUGCUACUGCUGGUGGUGGUGGUGGCUCUGAAGAGACUGUGGAGAAGACGGAGAAGAAGAAGAAGAAGAAGGAGAUGGAGGAGCAGCUGCAGCAGCAGCGGUUUGAACAGCAGGUGAGCAGGUCAGUUAUUGAAGAAGACGUGGAGCCCGAGCGCACGCCGUUGCCGGCGCAAGUGGUGGCGUUGAUGCCGCGACAUGCUCGGGACUUGGAGGCACCAGAGACGGUACUGCUUACACGACGGUCGACGGCGAUGGAGCGUGACGACGGGUUCGAUGGAGAUGAGGAGGAGGCGCUGCUGCUGGCGGCAGACGACAGCAGUAGCUGCAGCAGUGACGGGAAGAAAGCUGCGGGGAUGAAGGUCCGCGUGACGUCGUCGUCUGUGCACUUUUCCGUAUCGACCUUGCAGCUCUGUAUCGUUGUAUCGGUCGUGCUCGACUUUGCUGGCUGCAUCUUUUCGAACGUGGGGCUGUCCAUGGCGGGCAGUGGACUGUAUCAAGUCGUGUACUCGAGCGUCAUUUGCUGGUCGGCGCUCAUGUCGCGGUUCAUCCUGAAGAAGGUUGUGUCGAAAGAGGAGUGGUGUGGCAUUGCACUGGUGACGUUUGGACUGGCGUUCAGCGCGCUCGGCGAGUCUGGAAGUGGACGCGACAAUACGCUCGUUCUGAUGGGCUGCCUCAACACGCUCGUGGGGGCUGCAUUUUAUGGCGGCAACUACGUCAUGGGAGAAUAUACGCUGGCGCUCGUGGAGCGACCGCAGCCGAAAGAGUUGUGUCUCAAGAUUGGCGCAACGUGUGUGGCUGUGAUUGCCGUGUACCACAGCAUCUUCGUGCUGCCUUCAUGGGACGUAUUGGUGACAAAGCCCAUCGCUGACGCUAAUGGAAAUACAGCGCAGAUUGUCGUUGCACUCGCAGCGUAUACGCUGUCUCAGCUGGCGCAUGGACUCACGUACUUUGUGAUGCUGGGCUCUAGUGGCGCUGUCACCACUGGCAUCAUGCAGAGUUUGCGCGCCGUGUGUGUGUUCAUCAUCAGCUCGAUGCUGUACUGCAGCCAGCAGGAAUCGCAGUGCUUUGAUAUCAAGCGCGGCGUGGCCACUAUGAUUGUCGUGAGUGGUGUCAUGUUCUACUCGUGGGCCAAAAGUCAGCAAGGCAAGGCAAGUGUGUUCGCUCCGUCGUUGUUGGACCGGCCAAACAGAGACUUCAAGACCGGGAUCGGCGCUGGCAAGAACCAUAUCGUCUAG